UAAGGCCAUUUAGAAUUUGAAUGCAACUGGUUAUCAAGAAUACAGAAAAUAAAUGACUGUUAAAUUACUAAAUUGCGCCAUCUAGCGCACCACGGAAAUAUUUUUUUAUGAAAACGAAAUACUGUACUGGAAAUAAAAUGGAAAGAUAUUUAAAGGGUCUGUUUUGUCAACAUUGCUGGUGCUGAUAGUCUUUGAACAGCAUGUGUCAUUUUCUAUGUGUCUAUUCAUCUUAAACGAUAUGCAGAGAAGUAAUCUUCCAUAUGCAAUUCAGCGCUCAAUUCAGUGAUGGUAUUCACUAAUAUAUAUUAAUUCCACAAGUGUGAUGGAUUUUACGGUUUGACGUUCAGUAAACAAGCUGGUUUUUACUGUUGUCUGAUUUACAAAUUGAUUAAAGUAACAGGUCUGUGAGAUCUGACAUCACUAAUGCCUUUAAAGCUUUGUGUUAGCUUGUUUCCAUUUGCAGUAUCCCAACUAUUUUGAAAUGGGACAAUUUUAUUUGUUGCAUUUUAUCUCAUGAAUGUUUCUCAAUUUUAGACAUGCGUAAAUGAAACACAUUAGAAUCGGAGAACUCCUAUCCAUCGUCCUCUCGCCAGUUCUUUGAAAGUGCUCUCACUCUCCACCUCGCGGCAAUAUUUCAUCCUUCAGGCAUAAACUCGCUGCAGAAAUUAUGUUUCCUCCUGCUCCCUUUAGAGCUUUUGCCAAUUACGUUAUUUUGUUUUGCAGCUGAACAUAAUUUGUUCUAAUUUAAAACACGAUUAAAACAUGUUUGAAAUGCAGUUUUGCAAUUCAGCAAAAGUAGUUCAUCUUAAUCACAUCGUGCUUUGUAAGCAUAUCCUCUCCAUCCACAUUUCGGAUUUUACUACCUAUUAGUCCCUUCGGUAAUAUGAACCUCACUUAGGGAGAGGUGAAAUGAAACCUCGAAGAGCCCUCAAUCCAAGUUAAGACAUUUAAAUAUUCGCAUAAAAAUCCUGACAGCGUUUUCUAGUUAAUGCGACUCGGGCCCUGAGCAGGUUUCAUGGAAACACUCUGGAUAUCAUGUGUGUGAUUGAGAUGUCACGGUAUUGUCAAAGUGGAGCCGUGUCGCUCGCAACAGCGUCUAAGCCUGUUUAAUGAUGCUUUAAGAUGCUUUCCACUUUCCUGAUUCUAUUUGGGGAUGGAACCGCUUGAAUGGACAAAGAGUAGUCGUUCCCACAGUUUAUCCCAUUGGAUUAUAGCAUUCAGUCAACACAGACCUUCUGCUCUCCUUGGCCUCUGCUGCCCUCCCUUCUCCACUGCCGCCUUGAUUUAUUACAGUCGUCCAGCUGACGGGAAGCCAGCCCCCUCCCCCUCAUUCAGCUGAAACUCGCCGAAAUCCCAAGAAAACAAUGCUCCUUUCCCCUCGUGUUGACGGAAUGAUCCCUCUAACGUAAAGGAACAAGUGGCACAUCCAGCACGUUAGAUUAAAUACAAACGCAUCUCUGAAGUAAGAUGACCGAGGAGGGAAAGUCGGAGAGCAAAGGAGAAAUUAGCGGCAAAGAUUUGGAAAAACAGCUUCGUCUUCGAGUCUGUGUCUUGACUGAAAUCCUACAGACUGAGAGAGAUUACGUGGGGACUCUGGAGUUCCUCGUCUCCGCCUUUCUUCAGCGAAUGAUCCAGCAUGCAGCUUCAAGAGUUGACAAAAAUGUAACUGAAGAAACUGUUAAGACAUUGUUUUCUAAUAUUGAGGACAUUCUUGGAGUCCACAAAGAAUUCCUGAGUAUGAUAGAGCAGUGUCUGCAGCCUGAACCCAGUGCCCAACAUGAAUUGGGAAGCUGCUUUCUCCAAUUUAAACACCGAUUUUCCAUCUAUGAUGAAUUUUGCAGUAAUCACGAAAAAGCACAAAGGCUGCUAUUGGAACUGAAUAAAAUGCGGACUGUGAGGACGUUUUUGCUGGGUUGUAUGCUGCUGGCAGGGCGGAAGAACCCUGAUGUUCCACUUGAAGGCUAUCUCGUGGCUCCAAUACAAAGGAUUUGCAAGUAUCCACUUCUGCUAAAGGAAUUGAUGAAGAGGACACCAAAGAGGCACAAUGACUAUUCAGCAGUACUCGAAGCUCUUCAGGCCAUGAAAACGGUUUGCUCCACCAUUAAUGAAGCCAAGCGACAAAUGGAAAAGCUGGAAAUUCUCGAAGAAUGGCAGUCACACAUUGAAGGAUGGGAGGGAUCCAACAUAACAGAUGCUUGCACUGAAAUACUGAUGCAAGGCACUCUACUGAAAAUUUCAGCUGGGAAUAUUCAGGAACGAAUUUUCUUCCUCUUUGAUAACUUGCUGGUAUAUUGUAAAAAGAAGCAUAGGCGUUUAAAGAAUACCACACACACAAAGAAAGUAGCUGAUGGACAUCGGUAUCUUUUUCGUGGCAGAAUAAAUACAGAGAUCAUGGAAGUGGAAAAUGUUGAUGAUGGAACAGCGGAUUAUCAUAGCAGUGGCCACACUGUGAUCAAUGGUUGGAAAAUACAUAACACUGCCAAAAAUAAAUGGUUUGUCUGCAUGGCCAAGUCAUCAGAAGACAAGCAGAAAUGGCUGGAGGCCUUUCUAAAGGAGCGAGAAAGAAGAAAGAGUCUGAAACUUGGCGUGGAACAAGAUACCUGGAUGAUGAUCUCUGAAAAAGGGGAAAAGCUUUACCAUAUGCUGUGUAAACAGGAAAAUUUGAUCAAAGACCGAAAAAGGAAACUCAGUACAUUUCCAAAAUGCUUCUUGGGCAGUGAGUUUGUCGCAUGGCUGAUGGAAAUUAAAGAGAUCAGUAAACCCGAAGAAGGAGUUCAUCUAGGUCAAGCACUGUUGGAGAAUGGAAUCAUCCAUCAUGUAACAGAUAAGCACCAGUUUAAACCUGAUCAUAUGCUGUACAGAUUUCGAUAUGAUGAUGGAACAUAUCAUCCAAGAUGUGAAAUUCAGGAUGUUGUUUCUAAGGGUGUGAGACUUUACUACCGACUUCAUAGUCUCUUCACUCCUGUGAUCAAGGAUAAAGACUACCAUCUCAGAACUUACAAGUCAGUGGUAAUGGCAAACAAGCUUACAGACUGGUUAAUUGCACAGGGAGACUGUAGGACCAGAGAGGAAGCAAUAAUCCUGGGAGUGGAGCUGUGCGACAAUGGUUUUAUGCACCAUGUACUGGAAAAGAGUGAAUUUAAAGAUGAACCCCUCUUAUUCCGCUUUUUUGCUGAUGAGGAAAUAGAAGGCUCAAACUUAAGGCAGAAGCACAUGCGUCAUGACUUGAAAAUAGUUGAAAAUGUCAUUGCCAAGACACUGUUGAUUAAAGCUCAGGAUGAAAGUUAUGGUUUCACUCUGGAGGAGAGAAACAAGGUUCCUAUUGUGAAAUCUGUGGAAAAAGGAUCUUAUGCUGAGAUGGCAGGCCUGGAGGUUGGGAAAAAGUUUUUUGCUAUCAAUGGAGAUGUGGUUAUCCAAAGACCCUUUCAGGAAGUUGAAUGCUUCCUGCAGCAAUGCAUCAAUAGCAAGAGGCCUCUCAGGGUACUUCUGAGCACAAAGCCACGAGAGACAAUCAAGAUCCCCGACUCCGAGGACGGUCUUGGAUUUCAGAUUCGAGGAUUUGGUCCAUCAGUUGUCCAUGCUAUUGGCAGAGGAACUGUGGCAGCGGGAGCUGGUCUGCACCCUGGCCAAUGCAUCAUCAAAGUAAAUGGGAUCAACGUAAACAAAGAGAGUCAUGCAAGUGUGAUAGCACAUGUCACAGCAUGUCGGAAAUACAAGCGCCCUUCACAGCAAGACUCUAUUCAAUGGGUAUAUAAUAAUGCUGAGAGUGGUCAGGAGGAUCUUCAGAAAUUCUGUUCAAAGGGGCCAGCUUCAGGAGGAAGUAAUGCUGAUGUGCAAGAUGGUUUUAAUGAAGAUGUCUUUGAUAAAUUUAAUACAAUGGCUUUAAUUGAUGGGAAGAAGGAUCAUGUGAGCCUGACAGUAGAUAAUGUUCACUUGGACUAUGGUGUGGUGUAUGAAUAUGACAGCACUGCUGGUACAAAGUGCCAUGUUUUGGAGAAAAUGAGUGAACCCAAGGGAUUUUUCAAUUUGACUGCAAAGAUCCUUGAAUGCAUGGCUAAGAAUGAUGAACUGUUUGUAGAGAGCUGUGUCAGGCUAAACUGCUUAAGUGAAGCCAUGCCUCGUGAACUCCAUUCGAAAUUCAGCACUAUGCGUGGUGAAAAGCUUGAACAUAUUAACCGAAGAAUCAUGAUCUACAAAAAGUUUUCACGAGUUCUGAAAAAUCGAGCCUGGCCGACUUUUAAACAAGCCAAGUCCAAGAUUUCUCCACUACACAGCAGUGAUUUCUGUCCCACCAAUUGCCACCUAAAUGUCAUGGAAGUAUCGUAUCCCAAAAAUGUUGCAUCACUGGGAAGUGCCUUUGGUGUUCAACUGGACAGUCGGAAACAAUCCUGCAGUGACAUUGACCAAAAAAUCUCAGAUCAAGAUAAAUUGGAUCCAGUGGAAUACGUUCAUCAUUGCAUCACCACCAUGGCUGCUCCCUCUGGACACAGCUUAGGUCAGCAAAAUGGGCCUGGUCUGUACUUCACUCUGAAGGAAAAGGAUAUUGAAACUCAAGAUGUCUACCAGAAGCUUCUGAAUAAGUUGCAGACAGUUGUGAAAGAAUUGGAAACCUAUAUUGGUCAGAUAGAUGACCUUCUCUCAUCAAUAACCAAUCCAACUACACUAGAGACGGAGACCACUGAAUCGCUAAUAUCAGGAGAGAAUGACGCCGACAAGGUAGAACGCAAUAGCAAGAAGGUUUGCUUUGUGGUGACUGGAGAUGACCAAGAAGAUUCAGGUCAUGAUACAAUAAGCAACAGGGAUUCUUACAGUGACUGCAACAGUAAUAGGAAUUCCAUUGCUUCUUUUACAAGUAUUUGCAGCAGCCACUGUGAUUCUUAUGUACACAGUGACGACAUGGAUUCGGGCGAUGAGCUGCCUUGCAGUGUACGCAUUUCCCAUGAUAAGCAAGAUAAAUUACAUGGCUGCCUGGAGCAUCUCUUUAGUCAGGUGGAUGCAAUCACCAACCUUCUGAAAGGCCCAGCUGUGGUAAAGGCAUUUGAACAAACAAAGAAUUUAAUCCCAAAAAGAAACCUGCAAGAAUUCAAGAAAGAAAUGGAGUCAAAGAUCAAUUGCACAACGCAGCUCAGAAUUCACGUUCAGAGAGAUCCCUGGAAUCUACCGAGUGGCGUUCACAACCUUAUAGAAGUCAUUACAAGAUUUGUAGAAGAGGUACAGAGGCGAGUACUCCUGGCUCUGCUUGAAAAUACAGAUACCGAGAUCCAACUCAGACAGGAUAUGGUGUUUUGUCAAAGUCUAGUUGCCACCAUUUGUACUUUCUCAGAACAGCUACUGGCUGCAUUGCAUCAGAUAUAUGACACAAACACAGAAUAUGAAAUGGAAACACAGGAGCCAAGUAGAAAAUGGUUGGAACAAAUAGCCAAUGCAGGAAUCCUCUUUAACUUCCAGUCACUGCUCUCUCCUAAUCUGAUGGAUGAACAGGCUAUGUUGGAAGACACCUUGGUUGCCAUGUCUGACUUGGAAAAAGUAACUUUCUAUUUUCGACAAUCUGAAGAAGAACCACUUGUAGCAAAUAAUCCCAUCACGUACAAGGUAGAAGGGAAUCGACAGGCCUUAAAAGUAUUUUUCUACCUGGAGAAUUAUAAUUUUGAGCAACUUCCUCAGAGAUUAAAGAAUGGAGGUGGUAUUAAAGUCCACCCAGUGCUGUUUACACAAGCAAUGGAAACCUUGGAAGGUUAUUACUACACAGAAAAUACAUCUGUGGAAGAAUUUCAAGCUCAGAUCAAUGCAUCCUCCCUGGAAAAUGUCAAGCAAUACUGUCAAAAGCUCAGGGCUUUUUAUCUGGAGAAAUCAAAUUUGCCUCCAAAUUCAUCAAAAGCUGCUGCAAUUGAUAAGCUUAUGCGGCCCCUCAAUGCACUGGAUGAACUUCAUCGACUGAUGGAAUCAUUUAUUGGGUCAAAACGUAUGGCAGCCUGCACUUAUACUGCUUGUACAGCCUCUGGCGUGGGAUUGUUGUCAGUUUCUUUUGAACUCUGCAAUCGUUUGGGAGCUUGCCACAUCAUAAUGUGCAAUAGUGGAGUCCACAGAUGUACAUUGAGUGUCACUUUGGAACAGGCAAUAAUCCUGGCAAGAUGUCAUGGGUUACCUCCACGUUACCUGAUGCAGGCUACUGAUAUGAUGAGGAAACAGGGAGCAAGAGUGCAGAACUCUGCUAAGAAUCUCGGAGUGAGGGACCGAACUCAACAAUCUGCUCCAAGAUUAUACAAGCUGUGUCAGCCUCCUCCUGAUGGUGAUGCUUGAAGAUUCUUGCUUCAACUUUUAACUUGGAGAUAUCUGAACAUACAUUCUUCAACAACAAUUCAAGAAUUGUCAUUGUAGAUAGUAUAAUCCUGGCUUGCAAACAAGAUAUUGCUGGGCAGUUCCGGUAAAAUGUGCUGAUUUUAUAAAAUUUUCUAAGAUAAACCUCAGACUCUCAAACUGGCAUAAAUGCCUUUCUUUGCCACACUGAACAGACUCAAACUAGGGUUGUUGUUUAAUUUUAAAGUUAAUUAUUGCUUAACGUCAUAUUUUUAAGCAUAAUUUUCUUUCAUUAACUAUCAAUUUCAAAAUGUAUCGUGAGCUUGAACUUAUACAUUCCUUUCGUCUUUACUUUUUAAAAUAGUAAACAAUAAUUUGUUGAUACAGUUUUGUAUAUUUGAACAAUUUCACUAUUUAAAAUUAUAUUGUAACUGUCUAUUUUCAGCCUAUGAACAUUAACAAAAGUGCAUUAUAGUCAGAUGUUUGUCCUAAGCUCUUUGCAGAUAGCUGAGAGCUCGUGAAAAGACUGCAACGUUACCAAGGGAUUCAGAUGUUUUAAAUAGCACAAGUACAGUUUCAUCUUAUCUCAUCAAAACUGAGAUUAUGUUACACACUUAGACCCAGGACCCAAUAUGUUGUUUCUAUGUGAUAAAAUAUGCAGUAGUUGUUUUUUAAUGUUGUAAAGAAAUCACUGUCCCAGUUUCUUCUUUUAUGUGGAAUCCUCUGUGGCAGUAUUUGUACUUUGAGAUUGGAAAGCAGAGGACAUAAACCAGUAGUAUUUGUUCAUAUUGUCAAGAAGGAAAUGUGAUGCAGUUUUCUUUUGCAGAAGACUUACCAUCUUGCAUAUAUUGUAAACACUUAACACUUGAACAUGCAUUCAUUCAUUUAAUGCAUGCAAAAUGUAAAUGCAUAUAUAAAGAUUUGGACGUGCUUCUCAUUAGAUAGGAACUGAUUUAGAAAACUUUAAUUUGUAUAAUGGACAGUAAUAUCAGGUAACAUUCUCUCAGGACAAAGAUUUUUACUUAUUAAGGUGCAAAAAUAACUUUAUGGUCCAAAAAUAACUUUAUGGUCUCGCUUGUGGGUCUUUUUGCCUUACACUAUUUUAUCUACCUACUUCAAUGUAACAAAUUAUUAGUGUUUCUUUAUUAUUGUCAAGUGUACUGAGAUACAGUGAAAACUUUUGUUUGUGCACUAUCCAAGUAAGUCAGAUCAUAUUAUACACAAGUACAACCAGGCCAUUCACAAGCACAAAGGUUGUGGAAGGAGAAAUAUACCAGAAUACAAAAUAUAGUUUUACAGCAUUGUAGUGUUACAGUUACAGAGAAAAGGUCCAAUGUUCAUAUUGAAGGUAGGUUGGAAGAUAAGGAUUACCAACUAAUUUAUGGGAGGACCACCCUAUAGUCUGGUAACAGAGGGGAAGAAGCUAUUCCUGAGACUGGUGUUAGAAGCUUUUGUAUGUUCUGCCUAAUGGGAGAGGGGAGGAGGGAAUGGUCAAAUUGAAAAAAAUCUUUGAUUAUGUUGGCUGCUUUCCCAAGGCAGUGUGAAGCGUUGAUGAUGGGAGUCUGCUUUGUGUAUGGACCAGGCAACAUCCACAUUUCUCUGCAAUUUCUUGCUAUCCUGGCAUUUUUCCUAAACCAAGUUGUGAUGCAACCCGAUAGCAUGCUUUCAAUGGUGCAUCUGUAGAAGUUGAGAAGAGUUGUUGGAGACAUAUCAAACCUCUAUAGACCCCUGAGGAAGUAAUGGUGUUAGUGCACUUUAUUGGCCUUGGUAGUGUUGUGUCAUUGUAGUUGGUUCAGGGCAGAUUGUUGGUGAUUUUUGUUUAGUUUAGAGAUAUAGCGCAGAAACAGACCUUUCGGCCCACUGGGCCCACGCCGACCAGCGAUCCCCGCACAUUAACACUAUCCUACACCCACUAGGUAUAAUUUUUACAUUUAACAAGCAUUAUUGACGCUAUUUGGGACAUGUAUUCCACCACACUUCCUAAAGUCAAUAACUGACUCCUUUGUCAUGCUGACAUUGAGCGAGAGGUUGUUGUUUACACUAUCCAUUCCCUUUACGUACUCCAUCUUGUCAUUGUUUGAGAUCCAGCCAACUACAAUGGUGUCAUCUGCAAACUUGCAGAUGGAGAUAGAGCUGACUGGCUGCACAGUCAUGAUUGUGCAGGAAGUAAAGUGACGGAUUGAGAAUGUGUGCAUUGCAGGUAACCAGUGUUGAGAAUUAUUGUAGAGGAUGUUUUGUCACCUAUCCUCUUAUAUUGUGGUCAGAAAGUUGAGGUUCCAGAGGCAGGUGGGGUACUGACUCCUACAAGGUCCAGGAGUUUGGAGAAGAGUUUAGAUGGGAUUAUGGUGUCAAACAUGGAAAAAUUAUGCCUUUUUUUAUGUAGCUCUAGAUUGUGUUAAAAUGUACAAUCAUGUGGAAGGUACACAGAUGAUGGCUGUCAUUUUGAAUAAGAAGUGGUUAUAAUUUGCUACUUGAAAAACGAUUGCCUUCAAAUAUUUGGCUUCACAGAUGCAUAGUCAAAUGCUCUUGUAUUCUGAUGGCAAUUGCAGGUUUAUGGACGAUAAUCAUGUAACUUAGCUGAUUAAGUCAGGGUCAGUGAUAUCUUUCCAUAAGGGCCAAUUGGUUGUGUCCCAUUCAAGCAGGAAUGCAGUGACCUAAAUGAUUUUGUUCUCUAUUUCAAAAAAUAUACAAUUCUGUGACUUGUAUUUAUUAAGAAUAUCCCUUUUUGCUAAGCAAACACCAAACCAACCUUUAUAUUUCAUUAAGCUUUUAAUCAAGCUAAAAAUUGGUGUUCUUCUUGUUGAUCAUUUUAUUGUUAGCCCAUCCUUUGUCUUCCUGUGAUCCCCUGUGACUGUCAAGGCGACUAUGUCUCGGUCUGAUUAAGCUACCCACUUAAUCAAAUGGUGUUAGGUUAUAAUAGUUCUGAAAGGUGGAAAAUUACAGUCGUUUUUCUUUAAGGCAAUAAUAUAGUACAUUUAAAUUUGUUGUGACAUUCACUUGGGCAAAACAAAACAAACAUGUAGUGCAUCAAAAAUUUGUGAAAUCCUAUUGCUGGAAAGAUUCUGAGGAUGAAACUCACUUUUCAAAGUGUUGUAUUUAUAUUACUUUCCCUGUAGCAUGCUCUAUUCCUGAUUAAUAAGUAAAUAAUUUGCUUUAAGAAUUAUCAUUAUAGGCAAGUAUAUGAUAAGCUGGUUCUAGAAACUGCUGCUACCGACAAAUGUAUAUUUUAUUGGGUGUGUAGCACACCUAUUUAAACAUUAAAAAUUAAGUCAAUUCAUUGCCCAUGAAUGUUAAAAUCAGACUCGGAUUAAUGUCUGAAAUGUCAAAAUCUGAAACAUUAAUGUAAAAUCGUGUGUUUUUCCCCCCGACCUAGUUUCCUAUAGGACUAGGGACUGACCACUGCGUAAUUUCACUAAAGCAGGCAAACCUGCAGUAUGUUGCUUCCCAUUUUAAAGUUGCUUGAUGACUCUGAAACAUUUGUAUAAUAAAGCAUUGUUUUUAAUUUUUAGAAUAUGUGAAAUUAUUUAAUCUAAUUUUAGCUUAACAUAUCUGUCAGAAAACAGAUGGCAUUGAUCUACUACCCGUUUUAAGCACACUCUGAUUUUUGCCUUCUGGCAGGUGGGAUGCAGUUGGUUUCUUGUCAGUUUCCCACUGGAUGAGCUAGAAGAUAAUUACUUCCAUUAUUCAUAGGAAUAUUUCUUUCUAAAUAUUUUCAAUUACAUUACUCUUGGCCAAUAGUAUGUUAGAUUUACAUUUUUUUAAAUAUACGUGUUAAAAUUAUAAUAAACAAAUACAUGAUUUGAUCUAAAUGUUCUGUUAACUUGUAUUGAGAUUUGUGGUUCAUAUUUCAAGUAUUUUAAUUUUGCACUAACUCAUAGAAUUCGAACUGGGAGAUGGCAUUAGGGAAGAAAUAUAGUAAAAAUUUGAUUGUAUUAGUUCUUAAUGUGGAAUCUGCCUGAAUCAUCACUUUGCUUACCUACAUUCUAAAGUCUAUUGUAAUCAAGCUGGCAAAAGAUAAAAUAAGCAAAGGAGGUCACAUUUUUCACAAAAAAUUCAAUUAACCAUUAAUUCAACCUGGGUCAGUCCAAGUCCAUGUGGUUUUGAGAUGCAUCACAAAGUACAAUUAUUGUUAACCAGUAUAGUUAGAUUUGCCAGAAAUGUCCAAGUUGCCUUUUCUGACAUUUCCUCUGUAUUUUCUGUGGCGAAGGUGCUGAGAGAUUAUUACAAUGAAAAUAGGAAAUCAAAAUGUAGGGUGAGUGGGGGUAGUUUUGUGAGAGUGCAUUCGCUGCAAAUUUAUAAUGAAAUAUUGUGAUCUUCAACUGUCAGACAAGUAAUGCAAAAAUAAUUAACUAAAGAGCAGAUUAUUUUUCUUGCAUUAUUAUUAAGUAAAUUAUAAGAGUUUAUUUGUUUUCUGAUAUCUGCAUUCUUGUUGCUAAAUAGAAAAUUGUUGAGAAUGGAAGGUUAAACAUAAAAUACAAUUUCCUUCCAAGUCCAUUGAAUGCCUUGAUGUUUAGUAGAGUAUUAAGAUGUUAAAAAAUUCCAUUAGGCUUUAUGUACCUUGUGCGGCUUAACUUCUAUUGAUGCAAUGAUGUUUUGUUUGGAUAAAGCCACGGAGAAAACUUGUUCUGAAAAUAAUGAUUGUUUCUGAAUGUUAUGAGCUUGAUGGUUAAAAUUAAGGCUUUGAAUUCCUUACUGUCUUAGCACUGCAUAUGUACCACAAUGCAUUUUAGUUCAAUGUACAUCACGUUUCCUUUUCUCUGAGAAACUUUUAAACUGAUGCCUGUAUACCUUUAAAAAAAAACUUUCUCUGUAAAUACAUAAUUACAGUAUAGUGUGAUAUAUUGUUAAAUUAUACUGACUAUUUAAUCAUACUUAUAUAUUAAACAUGUUGCAGAAAUUGGAACAUUGUAUUUAAAGCAAAACUGUUACAUUUUCUUUACAUUUUAAGUAUAUUGUUGUAGAAAUGCAAAUAAAUUCAACUGAAAAUGAAAUGUGCAAGAUACAAUAAUCAUAUGAAUUUUAAAUAAAUAAAGACAAUUAUGGUUUAAACAAAUGCAAAUUUACAAAAAUAUAGCACUGGGUUUCAGAUGUCAACAAUAUAAUAAUGCUCAUCAUUGAUCUUGAAGGAAGAGGUCCAGAAAGUUCUUGAUCUAUGUGGUGUGUAUGUAAUCUUUCCUUACAUCAAUUUAGGUCACAUUGCAGCUACAGGGACUUCAUACAGAGAUGGUAUGGUACUUUAUUGGUCACAUGUACCGAGGCACAGUGAAACUCAUUUUAGUAUACAGUUCAGAAAAAGUAUCACUUAUUAAGCAUCUCAGAUACAAUACAAGAGUAUAGCAGAAGUAUACUGAUAUAGUCGCACGUUUGGGUCAAUUUUCAAGUCCGUUGAUGCAAGUGCACGGUUCUUGGCCUAACCAUGAAGGCCCGUUGUCCUGUUGGAAUUACAGGGUUGGCUUGGCAAAGCUUAGCU